CCCGCGCCGUCCUCCAAACAACCCUGGCGACGCGCAUCCUGACCAGCCCGGUGCGUGUCUGCCCGCACGCGGGUGUGCGGGGAUCCCGCGGACAUACUUGGGCGCGCACACGAAGGUGGCCACGCGCGAGGGCGCUGGCCCGCCCGGGAGAGAGCACCGCAGGCCGGACUCCCGGGAGCCCGAGGCUCGGAGGGGCGCGGCCUGUGAAAAGCUGGAGCUUCUCCUCGCCAGGCCCCUUGUCCCGCGCGUACAGGGGAGCGGUAGGGGCGCUCCCGGCUCUCCGCCCCCUUGGCUGAAAGGGGACGCGCCCCCCUAACCUCACUCCCCCCUCCUUUCGGUUUUGCGGCCGCGCCUUCUCCUCCCCCGCCCGGCUCCCGCCGCUGCUCCUCCCUCCUCCCCCCCUCCCGCCCGGCUCGCUCCUAGCGCUCCCUCCCCGCGCCGCGGCAGAGCGCGGAGCCCGGGCGGGAGCCGGCGCGGGAGCGGGAGCCGGCGGCCGGAGACAGCGCAGGCGGCGGCGGCGGGUUCCUGCCGGGCCCGGAGCGCGCGGAGUCGUUCCCCCCCCCCCCCCCGCCGCUCCAGCCCCUCUCCCCGCGGGGUCCCGAGCAGCAUGCGCGGCCGCUGCCCGCCGGUCUCAGCCCCGGCCCCGGUCCCGCUGCGGAGCGCGCGCGGCCUCGACCCCGGCCCCGGCGGCAGCGGAACAAGCGGCACAGGCGGAACAAGCGGCGGGCGGGCCGGGGGCGCAGGGGCGCAGGAGCUGAGCCCCCGGCGCACAUCCUGAGCGCCGCCCCGCGGCCCGGUGGCCUCCCGCCUCCCCGCGCCCCGGCUCGGACGAACGGACGGACAAACGGCCAGCCCCGCCAGGGAGUGGACUGUCGGGCGGAGGUGUCGGUGAGGAGGCGGCGGCGAGGAGGGGGCUGGGCAGGGGCUGGGGCCCGGCGGGGGAGACAUGCGAUUGGCGACCGAGUCGAGCGGACGGACUGCGCGCCCGAAAUGCAGGUGAGCGAGAGGAUGCUGGCGGGGGGCGCGAGGAGCAUGCCCAGCCCCCUCCUGGCCUGCUGGCAGCCCAUCCUCCUGCUGGUGCUGGGCUCCGUACUAUCCGGCUCAGCCACGGGCUGCCCGCCCCGCUGUGAGUGCUCGGCGCAGGACCGGGCGGUGCUGUGCCACCGCAAGCGCUUCGUGGCGGUGCCCGAGGGCAUCCCCACCGAGACCCGCCUGCUGGACCUGGGCAAGAACCGCAUCAAGACGCUCAACCAGGACGAGUUCGCCAGCUUCCCGCACCUGGAGGAGCUGGAGCUGAACGAGAACGUGGUGAGUGCGGUGGAGCCAGGCGCCUUCAACAACCUCUUCAACCUUCGGACGCUGGGCCUACGCAGCAACCGCCUGAAGCUCAUCCCGCUGGGCGUCUUCACCGGCCUCAGCAACCUCACCAAGCUGGACAUCAGCGAGAACAAGAUCGUCAUCCUGCUCGACUACAUGUUCCAGGACCUGUACAACCUCAAGUCGCUGGAGGUCGGCGACAAUGACCUGGUCUACAUCUCCCACCGCGCCUUCAGUGGUCUCAACAGCCUGGAGCAGCUGACGCUGGAGAAGUGCAACCUGACCUCCAUCCCCACGGAGGCGCUGUCCCACCUGCACGGCCUCAUCGUCCUGCGGCUGCGCCACCUCAACAUCAACGCCAUCCGGGACUACUCCUUCAAGAGGCUGUACCGCCUCAAGGUCCUGGAGAUCGCCCACUGGCCCUACCUGGACACCAUGACGCCCAACUGCCUGUACGGCCUCAACCUCACGUCCCUGUCCAUCACCCACUGCAACCUGACGGCCGUGCCCUACCUGGCCGUGCGCCACCUGGUCUACCUGCGUUUCCUCAACCUCUCCUACAACCCCAUCGGCGCCAUCGAGGGCUCCAUGCUGCACGAGCUGCUGCGGCUGCAGGAGCUGCAGCUGGUGGGCGGGCAGCUGGCAGCGGUGGAGCCCUACGCCUUCCGAGGCCUCAACUACCUGCGCGUGCUCAACGUCUCGGGCAACCAGCUGACCACGCUGGAGGAGUCGGCCUUCCACUCGGUGGGCAACCUGGAGACGCUCAUCCUGGACGCCAACCCGCUGGCCUGCGACUGCCGGCUGCUCUGGGUCUUCCGGCGCCGCUGGCGGCUCAACUUCAACCGGCAGCAGCCCACCUGCGCCACGCCCGAGUUCGUGCAGGGCAAGGAGUUCAAGGACUUCCCCGACGUGCUGCUGCCCAACUACUUCACCUGCCGCCGCGCCCGCAUUCGGGACCGCAAGGCCCAGCAGGUGUUUGUGGAUGAGGGCCACACGGUGCAGUUCGUGUGCCGGGCCGAUGGCGACCCGCCUCCCGCCAUCCUCUGGCUCUCGCCGCGAAAGCACCUGGUCUCGGCCAAGAGCAACGGGCGGCUGACCGUCUUCCCCGACGGCACUCUGGAGGUGCGCUACGCCCAGGUGCAGGACAACGGCACGUACCUGUGCAUUGCCGCCAACGCGGGCGGCAACGACUCCAUGCCGGCCCACCUGCACGUGCGCAGCUACUCACCCGACUGGCCCCACCAGCCCAACAAAACCUUCGCCUUCAUCUCCAACCAGCCGGGCGAGGGGGAGGCCAACAGCACCCGUGCCACUGUGCCUUUCCCCUUCGACAUCAAGACCCUCAUCAUCGCCACCACCAUGGGCUUCAUCUCCUUCCUGGGUGUCGUCCUCUUCUGCCUGGUGCUGCUGUUCCUCUGGAGCCGGGGCAAGGGCAACACGAAGCACAACAUUGAGAUCGAGUAUGUGCCCCGCAAGUCGGAUGCCGGCAUCAGCUCAGCUGACGCGCCCCGCAAGUUCAACAUGAAAAUGAUCUGAGGCACCAGGCCGGCUCCUCAUGCCCCUCCAAACAGACUGUUUCUCCCUGCGUCCCUUGUCCUGCGCCCCCCACUCCCUCUCUCUCCCUGCCAGGAUCUCACAAGGCUGGGCCGGGGGACCCUACCUGCACGGGGCGCGUGGGACAGACUGGAGUGGCAGCUGAUGACAUGUGGCACAGUCAAUAGUCCAGUUAAAAAGCAAACAAAGAGUUACGAACUUCCUCUGUAACUUGGGUUUCAAUAAUUAUGGAUUUUUAUGAAAACUUGAAAUAAUAAAAAGAGAAAAAAACAAACACAAAAAACUCUUUCCUCUAGCUAGUCGGAAUGCAAACUCUCGACAUCCUGGUUGCUGCAGGGCCCUCUUCCAAUGUGGUUUCUGGGGGUUUUGUUUUUCUUUCUGUUUUUAUCUUCCUCUCCCCCCUCUCCCCUCCUCCCCUUCCCCCCCUUCCCUUCUCCUUCUCCUUCCCCUUCUCCUCUUCUCCCUCCUUUCUCAUCUCUUCCCCAGUGGGGAGGGAAUCACUCAGGAAAACAGGAAAGGAGGUUCCAGCCCCACUUGCCCUCAGACCCCCCCCCCCAACCUGCCAGGGCAGCUGGGGUGCUAGGUGCGGGCCUAGCUUGGGCUGGCCGUUUUGGAGGCACAAGCAAGUGACAAGGACAGGGCUGCCAGGUGAGGGUGGAGGCCUGUCUGCUGAGCUGCCAGGCUACUGCAGGGGGUGGGGGUGGGCAUAGGUGGCUGGGCGGCCUGGUCCAGGUGUGGCCAAGACUCUGGGCAGGGACAGGGACCCUCCUGGAGUACAGCACAGUCAGGGGAGAGAGCUAGAGGCCAGAGGCGGGCCCGAUGCCUCACAUCUGGCCCCAGCUCGGCUGUGUGAUCUGGAAUAGGUCGUUGACCCGCUCUGGGCCACAGUCUCCACAUCUGUACAAAUGGAAACGUUGCUCCCUGCCCUGCCUACCUCACAGGGCUGUUGUGAGGAAAAUUGAUGAGAUGAUGUAUGUGAAACACUUUGUAACCUGUAAAGCGCUGUGCACACGUGUGGGUGACUGUC